GUAAUACUGAAGGUUGCCUUACGGCGCAGAGACCGUGUAGUACCCGGAUAGAUACACAUCACGGCAGGCCUUAUCUAAUUUUCUCACCGUUUCUUUUGUGCGCAGUAAUAUGUGUGAAUCGAGCACACGUGGGCCUGGGCUCUGGCUACCCCUCUCCCGCCGAUCAUCUUGCAUAUGAUCCAACAGCACAACCUCUCGUCAUAUUUUGGUUCGAGACGAAGAAAAACCCUUGUGAUGUGCGAAACAAAGAGACCAACGGACUACGAGGAGGGUUUUCGGAGAAGAGGCCAAAGUCGAUGGAUCACGAGCUGUACAACGACAAGCCUCAGACGAGGGGCGUAAGAGCAAUCAUGGUAGCGACUGGUUGUGAAUGGUCGCAGAAGGAUACGCGAUGUACCGUAGCCCAGUGCGGGUCGGGCCAGUCAGCAGUCGAUGACGGCUAUAGGGAGGGAGAGACG